AUGUAUUCGCUCAGAACAACUAGUGCCAGGUUGCAACCUUGCGUGCGUUCUGUGAUUGCUCAGACAUCAAAAAAGUGUUUGAACAGUUCAUUACGUCGUUUUAACAGAUUUUACGCAACCGAAUCGUCUAAAUUUCAACGUGGAAAGCCGCACGUAAAUAUUGGUACGAUUGGACAUGUAGAUCACGGGAAAACCACUUUGACAGCUGCAAUCACCAAAUGUUUAGCAAGGAAAGGUCAAGCAAAAUUCAAAGAUUACGGUGAAAUUGAUAAAGCUCCCGAAGAGAAAGCGAGGGGUAUCACCAUCGCUACGGCACACGUAGAAUACGAAACUGAUGAUAGACAUUAUGCACAUGUCGAUUGUCCUGGCCACGCCGAUUAUAUUAAAAAUAUGAUUACUGGAGCAGCUCAGAUGGAUGGAGCUAUUAUUGUUGUAUCGGCUACAGAUGGUCAAAUGCCUCAGACUCGUGAACAUUUACUUCUUGCUCGACAAGUUGGUGUAUCAAAUCUCGUAGUUUUUAUUAACAAAGUCGAUGCGGUAGAUGAUCCAGAAAUGUUAGAAUUAGUCGAAAUGGAAAUGCGAGAGUUGCUAACACAAUAUGGAUUUGACGGAGAAAAUGCGCAAAUUAUUCAAGGGUCUGCUCUUGCAGCUCUUGAGGGAAGAGACCCAGAAAUUGGAGAAAAAGCUAUAGAAAAGUUAAUGGAGGCGGUAGAUAAGCACAUUCCUACCCCUACUAGAGAUUUGGAUAGACCUUUCUUAAUGUCUAUCGAAGACGUGUUUUCAAUUUCUGGACGUGGUACAGUAGCAACGGGUCGAGUGGAAAGAGGAACCAUCACUAAAGGAGCAGAAAUAGAAAUUGUUGGUAUGGGACCUCCCACAAAGACUACACUUACGGGUAUUGAGAUGUUUCAUAAAGAACUUGAUAAAGGAAUGGCGGGAGAUAAUAUGGGAGCAUUAUUACGUGGUAUUAAACGAGAACAACUUCGAAGGGGACAAGUAAUUGCAGCACCCGGUACAGUGAAAUCACAUAAGAAAUUUUUAGCACAAUUGUAUAUUUUAACAAAAGAGGAAGGAGGAAGGCAUACACCUUUUAUACAAAAUUAUAGACCACAAAUGUAUUUUCGUACGUCCGAUGUUACAGUAAAUUUAACAUAUCCCAAAGGGACGGAAAAUCCCGAAGAAAAAAUGGUCAUGCCGGGCGAUAACGUUGAAUUGGAAUGUGAUCUUGUACAUGAUAUUGCUGUUGAGCCCGGGAUGAGAUUUACGGUUCGUGAAGGUGGAAAAACUGUUGGAACUGGCGUUGUCACCAAGAUUAUUGAAUAA